GGGACUGCGCGACGCCGCAGCCAGGCGCGGAGCGGGAGCAGAAGCGGGAGCGGGGCCGGCGGCAGGAUGCUGCGCUACAGCUCCGGGUUCAGCCUCACCGCCACCGCCACGGCGCCGCGCCCGGCCCCCGCCGGCAGCGGCCCCGGGCCCGGCCAGCGGCGGGGCAGUGUGUGUAGAUUGCGCUUGACUCUGCCACCUGAUGAAGGCUCACUUUCUGAUCAAGGUGCAAAGAAAACUUCAAAUACAAAAAAACAACUCUACCAUGUACCAAAUGGACUGUCUUCCAGGAAUUUCUCCCGUGGCAUGGUGUAUGGUGUAGUACACAGGACUGACAAUAACCAUAAGAAAGAAAUGGUUGUUUAUGGUUGGUCAGCAGACCAAUUGAAAGAAGAGAUGAAUUACAUAAAAGAUGUGAGAGCAACUUUGGAAAAAGUGAGAGAGCAAAUGUAUGGGGAGUAUGAUGAAAUGAAACGGAAAAUACAGCAACUUACCAACGAACUGACAGUUACAAGUGUUCAGCAGGAAUCCUUAGAGAGCCACAUGCGAGUGCAGGCUGCAGCCUUGGAUAGCUUCAGUGAAAUGAACAGCAGCUUGACAUCUGCAUCAAUCGAGCUGCAGAAAACUUUAGUGGAUGUUACUUUGGAGAACACGGACAUAAAGGAUCAAAUAAGGAAUUUAAAACACACACAUGAGAAAUCUAUGGAAAAACUGAAAGACAAGCAAAAACAGCUGGAAACUGCUCAGAUGGAAAAUCAGCUAUUGAAACUGCAGGUGGAAUCCUCCCAAGAAGCCAAUGCAGAUGUAAUGAGAGAAAUGACCAGAAAGCUAUACAGUCAGUAUGAACAAAAGCUAAAAGAAGAAGAACAGAAACACAAAGCUGAGAGAGAAAUUCUAAUAGCAGAAACAAAUCGGCUUCUGAAGGCUAUUGAAGAGGCAAAUAAGAAGAUGCAGAUUACGGAGAUAAGUAUACAAGAAAAAGACCAAAGGAUUGGAGAGUUGGAUAGGUUCAUCCAGCGCAUGGAAGAGGAACGCCACCAACUACAAAAACAACUGGAACAACAAGAAAUACAGAUAGCUGGAGCAAAAUCUGAAACUUGUUCUGAUAGAGAGAGGUCUCAACAUCUGGAGGAGGUAGCAGCUAAUCUGAGAGAGAGAAUCAAACAUCUGGAUGACAUGGUCCAUUGUCAACAAAAGAAAGUCAAACACAUGGUUGAGGAGAUUGAAAUGCUAAGAAAUAAGAUUCAGGAAAAGGAAUUGUUUAUAGUACAGCUUUUAGAAAAAAUCUCUUUCUUAGAAUGUGAGAACAAAGAAUUACAAGACAAGUUGGACUAUUUAAUGGAAUCUCGGCAAAAGACUAGUGUGGAAACCAGAGAGACUGGAGUAGGAUGUGAUUUUCCACUGAGGAAGUUUAUUAAUAGACUCCCAGACAAGGGGAAAAAGAUCUCAGAUUUUGCUGAAAAACUCAAACACGUUAUUGCACAAGAGGAAGAAGUAAUGAGGACAACCAAACUGCUGUCUACUGUGAGAUUGGAGUUCCAGGCAAGACGAGAGGAAAUUAAUACAAGCAAGCUAAAUGAGAACAAAUUAAUAAGUGAAGCAUUUGCAGCCAUUAAUGAGAAUUCUUCUAUUGAUGUAAAUGGAUCUAAGGUGGUGUUGCAAAACCAGGAAGCUGAACUUACCAGGCAAAGACUUGCAGAUGCAGCUUCUAAAGAUGAGAAGGGUCAUGGGAAAAGUGAUGAAAUAAAAAGCUCUGUAGAAAGCCCAACAAAAGUCCCACUUGGAGAUGAAAUCAGGCCACAGUCAUCCACAGCCAACCUGCUGAAAACAGAUCAGCAGACAUCUCCAAGUAGUUCUAUGGCUGGGACAGAAGGUGCUGCAGAGAUGCCAGGCAACAGUGGCAGUGCAUUGGUUGAUGCCUUUCAAAGUUUCACAAUUGUACAUGAGGAUAACAGUGAAGGAACAUCAGAAAAAGAACAGCAUGUUUCUGCGGUUAAGGAAAAUCCCUUUGGAAGCCUGCACACCAGACUGCCCAAAAAGUUGCAUUACAUUGAAAUUCUUGAGUCAAGAGCCAAGAACCCAGUAGCUAAAAAACCUAAAUUUAAAACAAAUAUAUUACUGUCUGAGUUAAGUGGGUCAUCUCAAGGUUCCUCACCUGAUCAUUCACCUGGAGGUCUUGGGUCUCCAAUUUCUGCUGAAGAAAGACGACUCAGAGAUAAGAAACACUUGAAUGAUGUCACAGCAGCCCGGUUGCCACCACUACACCAUGAGCCUACCCAGUUGUUAUCCACAGAAGAAUCCAUAUCAAUUCAGAUAAAACAGAAAGAAGUUUAUGAGGAGAUGCAAGCCAAACUUGCAGCACAAAAGCUGGCAGAGAGAUUGAAUAUUAAAAUGGUCAAGUAUGAACCAGAGGGGGAGGCAUCAAAACAGUACAGAGAAGUGAGGGAUGAAGAAGACUGCUUUUCAACAGAAGACUGAGUUUGCAAAAGAAUACAUAAGAGUGGACUGUGUUUAAAAAAAACAAAAAAACCCCCCAAACAAAUGCCCUUAUGCCACAGGUUUUUUAAAGCUGGAUGGCCAGUAUUCUUCACCAUAUAGGUUGCUCUGUUUUUGCUGGAGGAGCUAUAACACUUCAGUUCCAGAAGGCAGUAAUAGAUUUUGAAUACAAAUGACAGUGGUGAGUUGUUUUUUUUUUGAGGGGCUGGGGCUUGGUCUGAUUUUUGUACAAGAGUUGGCAAGGCAUCAGUGCCCUUGAAAACUUACCCAUUGGGCUCUUUACAGCUCAGCUAAGGUAGCUUUUGAACAUGCUUUAGUAAGCAGUGACAAAGCAUUCACAAGGAAGUGGUUACUGUUCAAUGGCAAACAGGUUUAAAGGUAGAAAAAAAUGUUACUCCUUUUACAUAUUGCGAAUGGACAAAUCUAGAGUUAUAAAAUAACUCAAGUUCCCUUUGGGCAUCGAGAAUUACAAUGAUCACUGUUAAGCAAAUUUAGAGAUCAAAGACAUUUAAAUAAUAUAAUAUUUUCUAUUGAACUUUGGGUUUUUUCCAUAUUAUUUUUGUAUGUUGAUUAAAAUUUUGGAAUACUAUUUCUCACUGUCUGUCAUCUGCUAUUAAUGAAAGAGAUCCUUCAUUCAGAUCUGUUGGUGGAAAUAAGUCCUGGGUACUUUUUCAGUGAGGCAAACUUAGCUGACGUUGCAAGAUAAAGGAACUCCUGCAUAUGCCAGAAGUAUUUUAGAAUUUUUUUGUCUUGGAAUAAAGGUGCUCCUCUGAAAAUGAGCACCAUUUGAAAACCACUACUUGUUAACAAAAUACUGAGUAAAAUACUAAUUAUUUUUGCAGUAAUAUAAUAGAUUCAUUGCAAAUACAUCUCAGACAAAGAUAAGAGAAAAUGCCUUAUUUGGCCUGCUGAGAGCUUGACUCGGAUUCCUCUGGAGCAAUUUAAGGUACUUGGCUCCUUUCUGCUGACUUGAGUGUUGGCCUUAACUGCUGUUGGAAAACUUGAACCUUUGGCAGGUAAAUAGUCUUUCCUACUUUUUGUUGAUGGUAAGUAUACUAGGAUGCUUUCUGCUUAGAAAGACAAACAUCUGGAAACUAAGGGGCUUGCUAGAAAAGCCAGUAAACAUGUGCAUGCCUAUAAACUGCACCAAUAUAGAUGUGUGCUUCUGAAGGAGAACAGUGGGUUCAGCCUUUAGAGGUGUGACCAUAAACAUGAGAUUCCUUUCAAGGUUUUUGCUAUUUACACAAUUUUUGGAACCUUGAAAGGAAUCUCAUGUUUAUGCUCCAGUACCCUACAAUGCAACACACCUUCAGAAUAAUCUUUGCUGGAAGAAGCUAUCUGAGUGGGAGAAAAGGGCAUAUGAUGGCAGGAUACAGAGAGAAUAAAUGUUUGUGGCUGUUGGAAUAAAGACAUUUUCUAGAUACAAAACUAUCCCCAGCUUUUCAUCAUUAUGACUGAUUUAUGCAUGCUUUCUUCAGUUUAACCUGUCCUCUGACAAUUAACACUUGUACAAAGGUAACUUGGGGUGUGGACAUGAUAUACUUCAUUACAUAGUAAAAAUAGACCUGAUGUAUAGCUGUGCUGCAGACUAAUACAUGGUGAAAUUACCCCUUGAAGAACAUGCAGUUUGCUCCCUCUGAGGAAGCAUUUGCUCAAUGUCAGCUGCCAGCCCCCUUGCAGCCAAGUGCUGUAAUAACACCUAACAUGGCCAGCUAACUUGGGAGAGCUGGUUGUCAGCUCCUUACUACACAGUCUGUGGAGUAAAAUCCAGGGUAAAUUUACUCCUCUUUAGUAAUUGUGUGUCUGUUCCCUCUGAAGUGGUUAGGAAACUGCUGUAGAAACUUCUUUUUUUUUUUUUUAAAUGUCAUAUUAGAAUGCAAACUUGCUAGAAAUUAAUUGCAUUUCAUUUAAAAGAAUGGAAGUUCUGGAAAUCUCAAAACACAAUUGUACAAACUGAACGAUAUCACCCACAAGAAUCAUUGCCUAUUUCAUAGGUAACAUUUUUUUUUUCAGAAGUUACAUGCUACCAGCUCUCUUCCUUAUGUUGAAAGUGACAGAAUUAUAUGAGUAUACGUCUUAAUUUUUGGUCAUAUGGGUUUUAAGAGCUUGCCAGAAGUAGUUUGAUUGUACCUAUUCAUUAUACAAGUCCUAUGCACACCAAUUCUGUUCAACACUUUCUUAACUUGGGGACAUGCGGGCAGUGGAUUGCGGCUCGGCUCUGCCCUGGCCCCAGCCCUGCACUGACCACCCUGGGAUCCUGAUGCAGUCCUUGCUCUAGCUCUGCCCACCUGUCCCACUCCUGGAUGCUGCUGCCUGCGGCCCCAUCCUAGCUGCCCGGCUGCACAUAGAGACCACUUAGGGAGUUUUGGUGAGCUGGGGCGGGGGGGCAGGGAAGGAGGUGCUGACCCAGCUUGUGGCAGCGCAUAAAAUUCUGUAAAUGGCCCUCUGGCCAAAAAAAUUACCCACCCCUGAUCUAGUUGGCAUAUGUAGCUAUAGCUGACCUACCCUUACAGCAUUUUGUCUCUUGUAAUCUUCAUUUGACACUCAUCCAUAACUUUUACUCUCUUUUGCCCCUCAAGAUUCUUCCCUAUUGUCUUAUUCCUUCCCCUUAUGUUCCCUAUCCUUUUUACCAUCACCGUUCUAUACUUCCUACAAAUUGUACCUGUACCUCUUCCCUCCUUCUCUACCCCUUCCUCACAGCAGCACGAAUCCAGAUUCCAAACCCUCACAUUCUUUUGCCUCCUCCCUCAGACAAAUUUGACCAGAACAAGUCUGGCCCUUCCACCAUGCCUAACCCUGUGCGCAUCUUCCUGCCAUCCUUCCCUUUUCUUGCUUUGUAGUUCAAGCUCUACAAAGUUCCUCCAUCUACCGUUCAUAUUUUGCUUUCUCUAGCUUUUGCCUUUUGACUCUGAGACCUGAAUUCUUUUGUCUGAUGCUGCCUUUCUUACGCUCCUUGUGGCAGAUUUUGGAGUUUCUUCCCUGUGUUGGUUGCUCCAAGUCCAUUACAUCCUCCUUUUUUCUACUCUUUUUAACUGUGCUGUGCAUCUACCUCUGCCUCUUCUAACCCCUUCCAGCAGACUUUAUCUUGAUCUGGAUUCCUAGCUGUCUCUUCUUUUCCUCACAAUACUCCAUGUUUUUUUUGUUGGCUUUCAUGUUGAUGGUGCAGCUGGCCAAAUGGUGGCAAGCUUUCCAGCCCAGACCUGUCUUCUGCUCAAAAUAUAGUUUGAACCUGUCUGACAUUUUGUGGAUAUCUAACAUGGCUAAAUACAGCUCUUAAAAUUCUCUCACAAGCCUUACCGGUACCUCCUUAAUCAGUGGAUAAUGUGGCCAUCCUUUUCCCAGAUCUGAGUAAGGGUACUUUGUGCCUGAAAGAUUGUCUAACAUCUCUUCCAGCUAUACAGUUGGUCCAAUAAAAGGUAUUACCAAAACAAAUUCUUGCCCCUCUUUUAUUCCUUGGACCCUUAAAGUACAACAUAGUUCCAACCCUGCCAUCUUUUCUGUAACCUGCUUGACUUAUUAUCUGGGACUUCUCGAGGUCCCUGCAUCCAGGUUGUUUCUAAACAACAUCUCCAAGUUAAUGCUGUUCUUACAGCUAAUCAAGGCUCAUUAUCUUGCACCUCACUUUCACUGCAACAUCAUUUAUUUGGCUGUUACCCUGCCCUGAGCCACUCACAAUGCUACUCCAAAGAUUGCUCUUCUGGGAUAUCACUUGGACCACGUCACCCCUCACUUUUCCUUCUCUGUUGCGUCAAGUGUAAGCUGCUUGUUCUCACUUUCAGGGCCCUUUGUGGCUUGUUCAUGCCUUGCUUCUCUCUUUCACUCUUGAGAUGUCAGAUCCUGCUUCUGGCAGGAUUCUGGCCUGUAAUAUCACCCUCCAUUGUCCACUUGUUACAUUUUUCAAAGAAGUGCCUUCAUGCUUGCUUCCAUGUUUGGGAGGAGCUCCCUUAAACAUCCACAAAAUGAUCAUGUUACUCUAUCAAAAUCUUUCUGAACACUCCUUUUCCAAAAUGUCUACCAAAAAGGAGAUGAUAGUCUGGCUACUGGUGUACUUAAAGCACUAUGUAUCAGACUAACCAAUAUCCCAUUAUUUUGGGGUAUUCUAUUUAGUCAUUUGUAAACUCUGUGCUCAAUAGGUCUGUUGAUUCACUUGCACUGUCUGUAAUGGAGUGAUAUUUUGGUCUAUGACUGGAUCUCCUAGGUCUCUGGUAAUAACUUGCCAUCUCUUCAAGUCCACAUAUGGCUGUAUUACAUCAGCAGCAGAAGUGAUUUUAGCUAAGUAUUGCACAUUUAUCUGUUAUUUGGUGAAGUCCCUGCAAACCAUUGUGGUAGGAAGUGCUAUAAGAAUACAAGAACAAUCUUAUGGUGUAUAUUAGCAAUUAAUACUGAAGUAUUUGUGUUACCAUAGAGUCUAGAAGCUCUAAUCAACCUCAUUGAGCUCAUUGCUAAGUGCACACAUAAACAAAACAAUGAACUGAAAAUCUCAACAGGAACAAAAAGUUGCAGUGUAGAAGACAGUGAAAAGAGUAAAAGCAGAUAAGUGUGCAAUAGCAAGCUCCUAACGUUUGUUUUCUGGAAAUAAGAUUGUAGGAUAGGAGCUGUGCAUCUGUUUGUCUAACCAUAUACUUAAAUAUGAAGUUUUUCCUAAAGUACACUAUUGCUGUGUAUGUUGUAUUUUACAGUUUUUAAGUUCCAAAACAUUUAAAACUUUUACCUGAGCAGUAAGAGUUGGUCCCAUUUUUAUUAUAUGGGCUACAGGCCCAAUAUAAAAAUAAAGAAUUGAGGCUUGUUUGUGAAA